AAUUAAAUUAUGGUAUCAAUAAGAAGAGCUGAGAUGUAAGAUUUAUAACAUAUGCAACACUGUAAUUUAUGGUGUUUACCAGAAAAUUACACAUUUAAAUAUUACUUAUAUCAUGGUAUGGUUUGGUAAUCAUUACUUUAUGUUGCAGAAGAUAUAGUAAUUAACAUAAUUUGAUUAUGAAUAGAAUAGUGGUAGAAUUGUUGGUUAUGUAUUGGCCAAAUAAGAUGAAGAAGAUGAAGAAGGAUCAAAGUUAGAACAUGGACAUAUUACCUCUUUAUCAGUUUUAAGAACUCAUAGAAAAUUAGGAUUAGCUAAUAAAGUAAUGUAAAGUACACAUAGAGAUAUGGAUAAAAUAUUUGAAUCACAUUAUGUUUCAUUACAUGUUCGUGUAUCUAAUAGAGCAGCAUUAGGAUUAUAUAGAGAUAAAUUAGGUUAUGAAACAUUUGAUACUGAAGAAAAAUAUUAUGCUGAUGAUGAAAAUGCUUAUAAUAUGCGAAAAUGGUUUAGAAAAAAAGCAGAAAAAUAAUGAUUGUAUAUCAAUAAUAAAUAUAAUCAAAUU